AUGAACCAAAAAGAGCCAAUAAAAGUUACUGAAAGAAAUUUCGGAAUUAACAAAAGGAUUCCACCAAUAAACCUCAACCUCUCAAAGUUAUCAAAUUCAAAAAGCACCCAAGAUAACAAGCAAUACUCUCAUUCUCAUGCUCCAAUAAGGAACUCUCUCCCAUGUUCAUCUUCUCCUCAUCUUAAAGAAAAAUCAGCAGUAACGGAGCGACAAAACUCCUUAACCCCAAUUCUGAACCCUAAAGAAAUAUCUUCAAGGCUGCUCACAACCAGAGUUUCAUUGAACCCAAAAUCUAAAAGUGCCUUCAGACUGUUGCCUUUAAGGGUCAAGCUUCCAACUGACUAUUUCAUAGCUUUGACAUCCCCAGAAAAUGUGACUCAAGAAAACAGUAAAAAUAAGCUUAAGGCACUUGAUUCAUUAUGUGAUACAGAACGGAAAUUUUUAAAAAAAGCAAAAAAUGAAUGCAGAGCUGAGAAAAAAAAUUGUUUAAAGCAAUAUCGCAACUGUGCUAGGCUGGCCAAGCUUGCUUAUGAGUCAAGACUUAAAGAAGCAAUUCCACCUGAGUUUUGAGAAUUCAGGAAGAAGAUGGCUGAAAUGAGGAGGAAAAAUAAAGAAAAUAAGCAUAAAAAAAAUAUAUAAUCAGUUGCUUAAAUUUCUGAUCGUCUCCCACGAGCCAAAGAUGGAUUUCACGAGUGAAAAUCCAGAAAUUCCACGUGGAAACCCAUUUUUGGCUCAUGGGAGCCGAUCAGAAAUAACGCCAAAAGAUUAUAUGAUUUAUUUGGAAACCGAGACUUAGUUUCAGUGUACAGAAAUGAACAGCUUUUUAAAAAGAAAUCAGUUAACACGGCUGAAAAGCCAACAAAUUUUGCAGCUGGGGAAUCAUAA